AUGCCUCCCUCCAGCAUAACCAGUGACAGCCACGAGCGUCUGGAGCCCCGGCUUCUCCGCGCGGCCGAAAACAACGACACCGACUCGCUGAAGAAAGUAAUAGACCUCGCCCGCGAACACAACCAACUAACCGACAACUUCCUGCGAAUCGGGCUAAUGCGCAGCGCUGAACGCGCAUGCGUAGAAGCAACAGAAUACCUCCUGACUCUGGGCGCAAAAACCGACGUCCCCUCCAACCGCGCCCCGCCGCUCCUCCGCGCCGUCGAGCGCGACCACUACGAGAUCGUCCGCGUCCUGCUAGACCACGGCGCCAGCCCGGACUCCGCCGAUAAAGAGGGCCGCACGGCGCUGAUGACUGCCGCGUGGAAGAACCACGCGGAUAUACUGCAGCUGUUGAUUAUGCGGGGUGCGGAUGUGAAUAAGCGGGAUCUGCGGAGGCGGAAUGCGUUGCAUAACCUCGCGGCUGAUAAGGCCUGUCGGUGGGGGUGGGGGGAUGAGGUUGUGAGGUUGUUGUUGCGGACGGAGUGUGCGGUUGACGGGCCGGAGGGACAUGAUGAGCUUGGGCGCACGCCGUUGCAUUGGGCUUGUGCGUCGGGGAAUCGGAGAUUGGCGGAGAUGCUGUUGGCGCGAGAUGUUUGUGUGGAUGAGAAGAGGGAAGGGGGAAAGGUUGGACCGGUGCAGAUUGACGCUGUUGAACUGCGGGGGAAGACUGCAUUGCAUGUUGCUACUGCUCAUGACCGGGGGGAUAUUGUGUCGUUGUUGAUUGCGCAUGGGGCUGCUAUCAAUGCUGCUAGUGAUGGCGGCUGGACGCCGCUGCAUUAUGCUUGUGAUAAGGGGUGUGAGGCUAUUGUGCGGAUUCUACUGAGCGAGGGGGCGCAGGUCAAUGCGCAGCUUUUGAAUGGUGUUACGCCACUGCAUCUUGCUGCGCAGGGGGGACAUCGGGAGGUUGUCGAGUGUCUGCUUGAGAGACCGGAUUUAAAGAGGAGGGUGAGGGAUAACUUUGGUAGUACGCCGUUUCUGCGCGCGGCGCAGUUCAAGCGAAAGGAUAUUGUCUUGCUGCUUGCGCCGUUCAACAAUGUCGGGAGUCUUUCUGAGGACGUUAAGGAGGCGAGUGCGGCAUUUGAUGCUACUGUUGUUGAUUUUGGAAACUUCCACAAUGAGAACCGGGUUAAGCGCAUGUCUGUGUUUAACCUGCUUUAUGGAAGAGACCAAGAGAAUCCGAGGAAGCAGGCUGUCACCACUGUGCCGGCUGAUAGUCGUGCAACUGAUUUCCGGUGGAUUCAUUUGCCGGCGAACAAUAUGGCCUGGGUCGAAGCUCUGCUAACCAAAUCUUUCAUUGAGGAAGGAGCUCAUGAUGUUGAUGGAUUCAAGGGCCUGGAAAAGUCUUUCAACUAUCAGCAUCGGGGUCAAAGGACUCACGCGCACUUCAUGCGGCCAUUGUGUCAAAACACGCCGCGAACGAUGUUGCGACGCUAUGAAGAGGAUACUUCGGAGGAGCCAGCAUCUGACCAAGGGUCUUCAAGGCCUGUGGAAGGUGUAACCCGCAAGCAAAAGAGUCCAGGUGGCAAGCUCGACCGGACGAGCUCUUACCCCAACGAUGAAGCAGACGGCCCCCAAGGGAAAAAGGGAAAGCACAAUCAGAAGCGCGGCAAGUCAGGCAGUGCUCCGGGGACCCCCAAACCUGAUAAUAAAGGAAAAUCGCCAUGGGGCCCAGGCGAUAGACACCCUAAGUCGUCGCCUUCAAUAUCCUCAUCGACGACUCUGUGUAAAGACCCACAUCCUCUUGUUUCGGCAUGCAACGUCUGCGUGUUCAUGCCGUAUCUGCAUUUCGAGACCGAGGAGCGAAGGCAGAAGAUGCAGAAUGCAAUUUCACGGGCAGAAAUGCUGAAACUUGGAUCGCAUGGGUCGAAAAGACUGCGUACAAGAGAUGAAAUGCUCAUCGAUGCCCAUUUGUCAUCCUCAACAACCUCACUUCACGUCCGCCGCACGCUAGACCAAUUCUUCUACCCUAAUAUUGACACCCAGAGCCGCGACCGGGAUCAAGUGGUCUACCGGUACCAGACGAAAAGCCCUGGAAUGGGCGAAGACCCCAAGAUAUUCAUGGUGGAUCAAUUGUGGAUGUGGGUUCUAGGCUCGAACUUGAUCGUUACAGCCUUCCCCCAGAGAUGGGACCAACCUAAGAAUGACCCGCUCAACGUGCUCGACGGAAUUAUCGAGGAUAUCAAUUCCAAAACCCGGGAUCCGGUCAGAUCUGUUUAUGAUCUAGCCAUGAUAAUCACCAAUCGAUGCUCUGGGGUCUUUGACCGACACCGCUUGGGCGACGAGCAGUAUCAGUUCUUAGAUAUGUUCGAAUCCUCCAUCGGAAUAGCGACGGACAAAGAGACAGUACUCUUUAACCAGUUCAACCACGCCUCCGGACAGGCAUCGGAAUGGCUGAAAAGCCACCGCAAGUUGAACGUCUGCGACUACUGCGACGAGGAUGGCCAGCCACUGUUCGUCGAUCGCCUCCUGGAUAUCGGACAGGAGACUGAUCUCCUUGCCGAGACGAAGGACAUUCGGGACGAGCUGAACAUGAUCCGAACGGUGCUGGAGCAUCAGACCAAUGUAUUGAUGGACUUCCAAGAUGUCGUCUGUGAGAUUUAUCAGGGCCAGCACCGCUCGCAGUACGAAGUCAAGAAACGGUUCAAAGACCAACAGCGCAUGAUUGACAUGCACCUCAAGGAUAUCGAUCGCAUGGAUAAACAGGCCGAACGCAUCUACCAUUCCAUCACAGACUUGCUCGAUCUCAAGCAGAAGCAUGCCAAUGCCUUCGAAGCCCGCUUUGCCCGUGACCAAGCUGCUGGUACAACCCGCCAGAGCAAGACGAUUAUGGUCUUCACCAUUGUCACCAUCGUCUUCCUGCCGCUGUCGUUCAUCGCCUCCAUCUUCACGAUCAACCUGAAAGAAUUCGAAAACCUCAAGUUAAACUAUGUGGCGAAGUAUACUUUUGGCAUUGGCUUUGCAAUCUCCAUCCCACUCGUCUGGGUCGCCCUGACGGUUGAUGAUAUCGGUGGUUUCUUCCGUGGAGGCAGCCGGCGCUGGCUGUCUAAGCGGAAACCGGUGGCAAAGAGCGAGCACGAGGGGACACUCCAGGCCUUGGAAAUGGACCGAAUUAUAAGUUUGUCGCGCAUGCGGAGGAGCAUGGAUGGCGCUUAUGGUGGUAACCUGUUGCCUGUCUCUACACGCGAAACGGGCGUGUCGAGGGCUGAUUUAUAUGGCGGGUUAGGCAAUGGCACUGUACGGACGAGCUUCGAUCUACGGUCCAGCCAGGACUACCGAUCACGAUGA